CGGAUUGUUGUACAUAGAGCCGGUUUAGUGUCGUCAAUGGGAAGCACGCGAGACGGUGGCAAAGCGAGUUACGGUCUACAUUGAAAACCCGCGGCUGCACCAUGCUCUCCAGGUCCAUCCCGUAUCUGUGGAUUACAGUUUGCCUUCAUGUAUUCUGUCACGUAGACAGCGGGGAAGCGCAGAAUGCGAAGGAAGUGAUUCUGCUGGACUCCAAGGCACAGCAGACAGAACUGGAGUGGAUCUCCUAUCCUCCCAAUGGGUGGGAAGAGAUCAGCGGCUUGGACGAGAACUACACUCCCAUUCGCACGUACCAGGUUUGCCAAGUCAUGGAGCCCAAUCAGAAUAACUGGCUUCGGACUAACUGGAUAGAGAAGGGCAAUGCCCAGAGAAUUUUUGUGGAACUGAAGUUCACCUUGAGGGAUUGUAACAGCCUACCUGGUGUGGUGGGCACAUGCAAGGAGACGUUCAACUUGUAUUACCAGGAAACAGAUUCCGAGGUGGGCAGGAGCUUACGAGAGAACCAGUAUGUGAAAAUUGACACGAUCGCCGCGGAUGAAAGCUUCACCCAGGGUGACUUGGGCGAGAGGAAGAUGAAGCUGAAUACAGAAGUACGCAUAAUUGGCCCCCUGUCCAGGCGUGGCUUCUACCUGGCCUUCCAGGAUGUAGGGGCGUGCAUCGCCCUGGUCUCUGUCAAAGUGUAUUACAAGAAGUGCUGGUCUAUCAUCGAGAACCUGGCCACGUUCCCAGACACUGUGACGGGGUCGGAGUUCUCUUCGCUGGUGGAGGUCGAGGGCAUGUGCGUGAGCGACGCCGAGGAGGAGGCCGACAACUCUCCCAAGAUGCACUGCAGCGCCGAAGGGGAAUGGCUGGUGCCCAUUGGGAAAUGUAUAUGCAAGGCUGGAUUUCAUCAGAAGGGGGACGCGUGUGAACCGUGCGGCCGUGGUUUCUACAAGUCUUCCUCCCAGGACCUUCAGUGCUCUCGCUGUCCGGCACACAGCUUCAACGACCGCGAGGGCUCCUGGCGCUGCGACUGUGAGGACGGCUACUACCGAGCCCUCUCUGACCCUCCGUCUGUGGCCUGCACGAGACCUCCCUCAGCGCCACAGAACAUAGUCUACAACAUCAACCAGACCACCGUUAACCUGGAGUGGGGCCCGCCGGCUGACACGGGCGGCCGCAACGACGUCACCUACAGGGUUAUAUGCCGGCGUUGCAGCUGGGAACCAGAGGAGUGCGUUCCAUGUGGGCCCAAUGUGGGAUACUCUCCCGCGCAGUCAGGAUUAGUGGACACUUACGUGACCAUCGUGGACCUGCUCGCCCACGCCAACUACACUUUUGAGGUGGAGGCUGUCAACGGGGUGUCGGACCUGAGCCGCACACAGAGGCUGUUUGCGGCGGUUAGCAUCGCCACUGGUCAAGCAGCUCCGUCCCAGGUCAGCGAGGUCAUCAAGGAGAAAGUGCAGCAGCGCAGCAUCCAACUCUCCUGGCAGGAGCCCCACCAACCCAAUGGCGUCAUCACAGAGUACGAGAUCAAAUACUACGAAAAAGAUCAGAAGGACCGAAUCUACUCCACGGUGAGGUCCAAGUCCACAUCAGCCACAGUGAACAACCUGAAGCCCAGCACGGCCUACGUGUUCCAGAUCAGGGCCUUCACAGAGGCAGGGUACGGCACCUAUGGGCCCAGAUUAGAGAUAACCACCAAGGAGGAGGCCACAGCUGCGAUUGUCUCGAGCGAGCAGAACCCCGUCAUCAUCAUCGCGGUGGUGGCAGUGGCGGGGACCAUCAUCCUGGUGUUCAUGGUGUUUGGCUUCAUCAUCGGGAGAAGGUACGCUCUCGCGGGCCCCAUUGACUCUCCGCUCCUGCACUGCGGGUACAGCAAAGCCGAUCAGGAGGGAGACGAGGAGCUCUACUUCCAGUUCAAAUUUCCAGGCACCAAAACCUACAUUGACCCUGAAACCUACGAGGACCCAAACAGGGCUGUCCAUCAAUUUGCCAAGGAGCUGGAUGCCUCCUGCAUUAAAAUUGAGCGGGUUAUUGGAGCAGGAGAGUUCGGGGAGGUGUGCAGCGGUCGGCUCAAGCUGCCCGGGAAGCGGGAUGUGUCGGUUGCAAUCAAGACUUUAAAAGUGGGCUACACGGAGAAGCAGAGGCGGGACUUCCUGUGCGAGGCCAGCAUAAUGGGGCAGUUUGACCACCCCAACGUCGUCCAUCUGGAGGGAGUCGUCACAAGAGGAAAACCAGUGAUGAUUGUCAUCGAGUACAUGGAGAACGGCUCAUUAGAUGCUUUCCUCAGGAAACACGACGGUCAGUUCACAGUCAUCCAGUUGGUGGGGAUGCUGCGGGGCAUAGCGGCAGGGAUGAGAUACCUCUCUGAUAUGGGAUACGUCCAUCGAGAUCUGGCUGCACGAAACAUCCUCGUCAACAGCAACCUCGUAUGUAAAGUGUCGGACUUCGGCCUGUCAAGGGUGAUAGACGACGAUCCCGAGGCUGUCUACACAACAACUGGGAAGAUGCAGGAUAUAAUGAAUUUGAUCUUUACUCCAGCCACUGACCUGCAUUUUACUGAACAGGGUGGCAAAAUACCUGUCCGAUGGACCGCGCCAGAAGCCAUACAGUAUCGUAAAUUCACCUCUGCAAGUGACGUGUGGAGUUAUGGCAUUGUCAUGUGGGAGGUCAUGUCCUAUGGGGAACGGCCUUACUGGGACAUGUCCAACCAAGACGUCAUAAAGGCAAUAGAGGAGGGCUACCGUCUUCCAGCCCCGAUGGACUGUCCACCAGGCCUGCAUCAGCUAAUGCUGGACUGCUGGCAGAAAGACAGAGCUGAACGUCCCAAAUUUGAUCAGAUAGUUGGCAUCCUUGAUAAGAUGAUCCGCAACCCUAACACCUUGAAAACCCCAGUGGGAACAUGUACAAGACCAAUUAGUCCACUGCUGGAUCAGAGCACACCAGACUUCACUGCUUUCCGCUCAGUGGGAGAGUGGCUGGAAGCCAUCAAGAUGGAGCGAUACAGAGACAACUUCACAGCAGCUGGCUACAGUUCCCUGGAAUCUGUGGCCAGGAUGUCAAUUGAGGACGUGAUGAGCUUGGGGAUCACGCUGGUGGGCCAUCAGAAAAAGAUCAUGAGCAGCAUACAGACUAUGAGAGCCCAGAUGCUGCAUCUCCACGGCACGGGUGUACAGGUGUGACGGACUGCGAAGGGGCCGCGUUGAGCAGGGUGAAAACAAAAACAGAACUUAUCUGGAGCAGUGCCUGGGACGUAACCGGGAUAAUCGUCAAAGUAAACGGACAUCUGUUAUGUCUGACUCUUCCGGCUGUGUCUGGAGCGAAAUCAUUCCUGUGUUCCUCAGUGAAGGAUUGUGGUCCGCCUCUUCGAUGGGCACUUAAAGAGAGGAAAAGGGCAAAAAACAGCAACAAAAAAAAGAACCUACCAGGAUGAGACGACUUCCUUUUUUUGUUUUGUUUUUUAGAAGCGCUUAUGAACUCAACCACAUAUCAAAUGGCGCAUAGGAAAGGAGUUUGACACUUAGGUUUCUUUGACUUAAUGAUUUAAGUGCACACCAUGGCUAUGGAUUUCCUUUGAAAUGAACAAAAAAAAAAACUUGUCUACUUGCAGUGGUUUUACUUGUUCCUUUUUCUAAUUUGUUAAUUUUCUUUCCGUCUGCCACAGUGACAUGUUGUGGCCCAAACAGCGGUUGUUCUUUUAUCUUCUAUUUAGACUUGACAACAGGGUAAACUCUUUUAUCCAAACACAGAAGGAACUUUUUAGAUGCAGACUCAAAGGUACUUACGUGCUGACACAUGCUGGACUGUUUGAACUGUUUGCAGUGACUCAUGUUUUCCUUCAUGUGCUGUUGAAGUGAAAAUGGUAUCCUCACAUGCUUGCUUUCAGCCCGCAGGAGUGGGCUUUUGACGUGUUUUUCAACCUUUCAAAUUUUUUUUUAAUAAGGAUUGAGUGUAACACCGAGGAGACGCAGGAGGCGAAUUGUACUUCAAAUCACCGGACUUUUAUAUCAGAGUAGCAAUAUCCUUUGUCUCGUGUUCACUACAGGAAACGCAGAACAGUGAUUGAGUAGAAUGUGGCAGCACUGUUGAAAGAUUGUUGAAAUUGAAGCCACCGCAAAUUGUUUUGCCAUCAUUUUGCCUAAAAUGUUGCACACAGUGUUUGUUUUGGUACAUUGUUUUAGCUGCAAAUACAAUUUUUAAGAGUGGAUACAAAAAAAGGUGUUGACGUAAUACUGCCUUAAAAUGUGUUAAAUUAAGUAUUGCCACUAUUUUAGGCACUUGAAUGGCAAUGCUUUAUGUGGUUCAUUUAAAGGGCGAAAAGCUUCCUACUUUUUUGUUUUCCUUGUAGUGUGAUGUGUUUUUAUCUGGAACUUGAACUGGUGUAAUCAAGUGCACGGGAACGGUUCAAUGCCACGAGUGACACAGUCAGCGAAGAAGAGAUGGACUAAACAGAGCAAUAAUUACCAGGUAGAAAUGGUCCUCACCUGAGAUUUUUUUUAAGGUGCUAGGUUUUAUCGCAUGUGUGUGCUGUGCUGAGACAACCCCUUUGGAAAGAUUCAGUCACCUCCGGAAAGGAAAAGAACGUAACUCUUUGACAUAAAAGUGGUUUGGAAAGUGCUUGGAAAACUGCCGUGCCAAGUCAUCAAAUGAAAUAAUCAUGUCGUGUUUUGCCACUGUAAUACGCUAAACGUUUGAUGUAAAUCUAACAUGGCACGGAAAUGUUGAAUUGAGUGGCUGCGGAGAUGAAAGAGGCACCAUUCGAAACACUACAAAGGUGCCAAUUAGUCAUGCUGACAUCAUCUUCCAACACCCAAUGUGCCGCCCAGAAAUCAAAAAGCCCCUUCAGGGUUUGGGUCUGAAAAUGCGGGACCAGACGACGGAGCCCGAGUCAGACUGCGCUGUUAAAUCCCACUGUCCUGGCUCUGUAGGCGGCCCUGCAGCUUCCUUGUUUAUUCAUGCGUCUCUGCCGCUCAUCCCCUCACAGGCGUAGAUGUGACGGAACAUGCAUUAAAGUGUCUCUUAAGAUUGCUCCUCUUUUCUUCCAUACGGCUCUGCAGAAGAUGUGCUAAAAGCCAAUCAACCCAUUCGGUGCCAUCUGUCUCCACCUCAAAUGCAAGAAAAGAAGAAAGUUUCCAUGUGGAGGGUGUUUUAGUGCAGCACUCUUUGAUAAGAACAUGCAGUUAUUCAGCUGUCAUGUAAAGAGGAGUGGUGUUCACAGGAGGAAACCAUUAUGACUUUUUCUUUUACUGCAGCUGUAACCUGAGAGAUAAAUCUAUAUUUUCAAAGCUACGCUCACUUCUUUCAGCUUUUUGCAUCUCAAAUGCAUAGAAAAAGCAUAAUCCCACCAGGAAGCAACCUUGAGCCAUUAAACCAUUAGCAGCUUUCUCCAUGCCCUCCAUUGUCUGAACAUCCACAUUAAGCCAGCCACAUUUGAGAAGACAUCGUUUUCUCUCCGUUUUGGCCCUCUGACCAGACUAAGCUGGUGUGAAGCCUUUUUAAAAAAGGUCUCCAAGGCAGAUAAAAAAAGGCAAGGGAAACUAGGAAGAUGUAAGCCCACCUAGACACUAUCAUUUGGGCAUAACCCUCGCUUUUAAGUUAAGUCAUCUUUUAAAGGGGUAGCCAAUAGUCCUAAAACAAAUGUAGAAAGCAGACACGCACGGUUGCAAAGACAGCACCGUCUGCCCAGUCAUAAAUUCUGAGUGCAUGCAGAAAAUAGUGAAAACUGCCCAUAACACUUUUUCAAAUUGUCCAAAAUCCGGACAUGUUCUAUUAACUAGCAUAGAGCACUACAGAAAUCUGCAAAUAUUCACAUUUGAGAAUACUGAACCAGUUAAGUGACUUAAAACUUUUGUCAAUUAUACAUUUUAUGUUCAUUUAUUCAUCACCUAAUUGUUUCCGCUCUAGAUUUCAUUGGUGCAGUUGUGUAGGAAUGACUGCCUUUUUAACAGGUAAUAUUGCUGUGACCACCAUUUUCUGACGACAAUAAAGUAAAGAAGGACAACAAACUGUAUUAAAACACUGUAUAAAUGAUCACAGAAAGCAGGAGGUUGAACUUACUCUGUCUGUGCCACGGGCAGUUUCGGUUUUCGCCAACCGAUAGAACACAGAGAUCUUAAAGGAAAUUACCUGAACAAGCUCAUGUGGAUGCAUGUCAUUGUUAGCUGUAAACUCUGUUUAAGUUAUCCAGCUUAGUCUGGACAUAGAUCCACUUUCACCUUUGUGAGGAGACACCAGGAACUAGCCCUGACCAGCUCGGAAACCCCUGUGUCACACACACCCUCCCCCUUUAUCCAUACAGCAGAGCUCAGCAAUUGGGCCUUGGCCAGACCUUUGAAUUGAAUACCGGCAUAAAGUCAUUCUGUCAGCACAAAACUCCCCAGUUCACAGGCAGCAUUCUCUCUCUCACCCCCACUCCCCCUCUCUGAUUUUAAAACCGGGCCCCUGGAGGCCUCUCACACACCAGGGUAGAAUGCCUCUGUCCCCUUUUUUCCUGUGCUGGGGAAACAGCAGUUUGAGCCAAAUUGAGAUUAAGGCCAGGAUACAAUCGAUUCAGCGUCCAAAUCACCUGUAACCUUCAGCAAAAAAAGUCACUUUACUGUCUGUUUCAGCUUGUUUCAUCCACGUUUUAAACUUCAGGUUGCUCAACUCUGGACAAAAGAAAAAGUUUUGUUGUGCAAAAAACACAAAAAAGAAUAAAAAAUUUAAAAAAGACAAAAAACCUGCAGGAUAGAGGGUCUGUUGGAAUCAGGAAUAGCAGAUAGAGUAUGAAGUUAUUUUUCAAAUCUUGUGGGUCAGCAGUUGGAAGUUAGUUUCACCACCUCGGCGAGGUGGUGGAUAAUUCCAAAGAGCGCAGCACUGUUGAUUGUGUCAGAAAGAGGCGAGAUUUGAGGGAAUCUUUGUAUAUGUUCUAAUUGUAAAACUUGUACAUUUUAUUUAUAUUGUUUUUUACACAUAUUACUCAGUAGAGAGCUCUGAAUACAUUGAAAAUGCACUAUAUUUUUCUAUCUCGCAGAUGAAUUAUUGUCACCCACAAGAUUUCAGUUGUACAUAAUUUUUUUCAUUUAGGACCAAAGACAGCUGAUAGGAUUUCCAUCUUUACUUUGACGUUGUUUUGAUUUGCCUUUUAGUUUGUUGUACAGUAAUAAAAAUUGUCAAUUUAUUAUUUAUUUUUCUGUGAUGAAAGUAUUGAGAAUAUUCACUGGUCAAAAGUAUUUUCCCCAACAGCAGAAAUGUAAGAUCAUUUAAUUAGACAAUUUCUUGUUACAUAGACAAUUCUUUUUGCUUUGUAACCUUUGUAAUAGACUGUACAUAUAUUUUUGGAAAUAUAAUACAAUCUCUAUAGAA